AUGGAAUUUAUACAGCAUCAGUUAUAUGGUGACUCCAUUAGAGUGGAGAUACCAAGGAAUUUUAUUGAUAUAAGUAAGAUUAGAGAUGUUCCAGAUCAUCAAGAAGUAUUUGUUGACGAUUUAUCAGAAAGUAGCAUCAUAUUCGAGAUUUUACAACAAACAGAUUUGAAAAGUGAUCAAAUUGGUGAAUAUUACUUUAAAGAUUUAGCAGAUUGCAAUGAAUCAACAAGUAGUGAGGUAUUAUAUUCUGAGCCACUUGUUCAAUAUAAUAAAGAAUUUUUUACAUCAACCUGUUUUGGAAUACAACAAGUACAGAAACGUUACCAAGAGGGAGAACGUAAUGAAAAUUUGUACUUAUAUGUGUUGGUAAUCAGAAUUUUGAUGAAGAAGACAGAUAUCUUAAUUUCCUUCAAUAGUGUAAUGAAACAAGAUCAAAGAAUUGUGCAAGAGAAUGCAAUAUAUUAUUCAAAUGACACUAUUCAAGAAAUUAUAAAGCAUAUCCUUGAAACAUUCACUAUCAGAAAUUGGGACUUGUUUAUAUAG